UCUCAACAUAAGUUAUUUUUUAUGUUUUCGAAACAUAUUCGAAACCCGAAAUCAAUACAUUGCUAGCGCAAGAAGCUAAGCAAUUGCAAUUGAGAACUUCAGCAAAACUAAAUAAAGAGAAAAGCAACAAAUAUAAAACGGGAGCAGCAGCAGCAAAGAACAGAAGACCCAAAGAGACUAUCUCCAUACACUCACACACACACAAGCAAAGAGCAACGCAAAAAAAAAAGGGAAAACGAAAACAAAAAGAAAACACGAAAUAGAUUUAAAAGAAAUGCGUCCAGAGCUAAAACGAAGUUGCGCAAACAAUAUACAAACAACACAGAGCUGAUUUCAGCUCACGAAAAACGGAACAAUCUGUGCGCCAUUGCCACUUCUGCUUCUUCUUCGUAUUAUUAUUUUCAUUUUUUUUUUUUUAGUUUAGUAGUGCAAGUGUGUGUGUGUGUCUUGUCUCUGAUUAUUGUUUUCUAUUCGUCUAAGAGGGGCGGGCGGGACUGGAGCAGAGGAGCAGCAGAAGCAGCAGCUGAAGGAGUGAAUUCGAAACUUGGGUAUUUGCAGCUAAACACAGGGGCUCGUCCCAUGCUUAAGCUUUUAAUGCUGGCCGAGAUCAGGCGACGGCAAAUCGUUUAGCAGCAGCAUCAGCAGCAACAAAGGAGUCGAGUGAGUAGAGGAGCACCACUCACUGGCCAUGCUCCCAAUUAGCGAGGAGCAGCACGUUGAUAGCAACACCAACGCGAACACCAACAGCAACAGCAGCAGUCGGAACAGCAACACCGGCACAAAUGAGGCAACGAAUGGUGGCGGUGGAGUUGAGAAUGCCACACUGGCCGCCGAUGCUAGCCUGUGGACGGCAUUGUAUGACUAUGAUGCACAGGGCGAAGAUGAGCUGACGCUUCGACGCGGACAAAUUGUCGUCGUGCUGUCCACGGACAGCGAAGUCUCUGGCGAUGUCGGCUGGUGGACGGGCAAGAUCGGUGAUAAGGUGGGUGUUUUUCCGCGUAACUUUGUUACGGAUGCGGAUCCAUUGGAGCUGCCACAUGAGAUUGAUUAUACGGAACUGGAUAUUAAGGAGGUAAUUGGAUCGGGUGGCUUUUGCAAAGUGCAUCGCGGCUAUUAUGACAACGAGGAGGUUGCCAUUAAAAUUGCCCAUCAAACGGGCGACGAUGACAUGCAACGGAUGCGCGACAAUGUCCUCCAGGAGGCCAAACUCUUUUGGCCAUUGAAACACCGAAAUGUGGCCGCAUUGCGUGGCGUUUGCCUGAAAACGAAACUGUGCCUGGUCAUGGAAUAUGCACGUGGUGGCAGCUUAAAUCGCAUACUCGCUGGCAAAAUACCGCCCGAUGUGCUCGUCGAUUGGGCCAUACAAAUUGCACGUGGCAUGAACUAUUUGCAUAGCGAGGCGCCCAUGUCGAUAAUACAUCGUGACUUGAAGUCAUCCAAUGUGCUCAUCUAUGAGGCCAUCGAGGGCAGCCAGUUGCAUCGUAAAACGCUGAAAAUCACCGAUUUUGGACUGGCACGUGAAAUGUAUACAACGCAAUGCAUGAGCGCCGCUGGCACCUAUGCCUGGAUGCCGCCCGAGGUCAUCAGCCGGAGCAUGUACUCCAAAUCCUCCGAUGUGUGGAGUUAUGGUGUGCUGCUCUGGGAGCUAAUCACUGGCGAGACACCGUAUAAGGGAUUCGAUCCGCUGUCUGUUGCUUAUGGCGUAGCUAUCAAUACGCUGACGUUGCCGAUACCAAAAACCUGCCCCGAAACUUGGGCAGCCCUCAUGAAAAGCUGCUGGGAAAGUGAUCCGCAUUUACGACCGGACUUUAAGAAGAUUAUUGAACAGCUGGAGAGUAGCGCUUGCUCGAAGUUUACGUUGACGCCACAGGAAUCGUUUCAUAAUCUGCAGGAACAGUGGAAAAAAGAGAUUGCCGAGGUGCUGCACGAUUUGCGCGAAAAAGAGAAGGAACUGCGCACCAAGGAGGAGCAACUGGUACGCAUGCAAACCGAACUGCACGAGCUCGAGGUGCACCUGCGGCAGCGCGAGAUCGACAUAAUCGGACGCGAGCUAAUGAUGCAGCCCGUCCCGGUGCCCGUUCCCGUUCCGGUGCCAUCAAAACGCAAGCCCAAAAAGAACAAAAAGAAAGCGCUGCAGAUAUCACUGCCAACCGAGUUCCGGCACACGAUUACGGCCGUAUGCGACAAAGUGGACCCACCCGGCUCACCCUCCCUCUCCCGAUUGCGUAUUGUGACACUCACCGAUGGCCACAAGAACAAAACCUGGGGACCAUCAACGAUGCAUCAGCGGGAGCGUUCACUGUUGCCGCUCCAACAACUGGAUGGUGGCGGCCAGACUGAGUGGCCGGCCCAAAGCUCCACGCACUCGUCGUUUAGCAAGAGUGCACCCAAUCUGGACAAGAAGCAGUUGGUUGCUGCAGCAGCUGCAGCAUUGGUGGCAGCAGUAUCAGGGGGUGGCACCAACAAUAAUAAUGCAACGUGUGCGGCAGCAAGCGACAACAUUGGCACAUCAAUCGCAUCACAGCUAUUGAUAGGCAGUUGCAAUGUGGGCGGCUCGGCGCCCACAACGCCACUGUUUUUGGGCGGCGGGUGUGCGGCGGGCGCUGGUGGUGUCGCCACAGGUAUGCCAUAUUUAAUAAUGCAUACCAACAACAACCACAACCAAAACAACAACCACAACAACAACAACAAUAGCAGCAACAACAACAACCACAACAACAACAACCAAAAUCACAUACAUAGCAAUAACAAUAGUAAUCAUAAAACUAAUACAAUCUCAUCGCCACGACUGAACGGCAAUCACAACAACAACAAAAACAACAGCAACAACAUCAAUAGCAAUAGCAAUAUGAACAUUGGCAAUCGGAGCAUUUAUGGUCGCGCCCGUAGCCAGGAUAAUGGUCUGGAUCAGCCACACAAUAUGAUGCAUCUAAUAUCAGAUGAUGGCUCCGAGACGGAGGCGUUAACGCCAACAACCGGUUGCUUUCAUUUCCUCAAAUCGAGCACCUCGGCGGUGGCAAUAGCACCCAUCGUGUGCGGCGGCGGUGCCGGACGCUAUGGCGGCAGUCUUGGCAACAGUCCAGCCGUUGGCCGAAAGAAACUCUCGCUGGAUAGCCAAUUUGUGCAGCCGAUGGCUACAACGCCAGCGACGACAGUGAUGUUGAUGACGCCGCCAACGUCGGCGACAAAAACGAUGCUGGUAUCGUCAGAGGUGCCGCCGGAGCGAGGCGAUAAUAAUACGUAUGAUCGGGCAUUCUAUCGCGAUGUGGCCAAAAAGAUGAUGGCCAGCAGCGAGCGUGUCAAUUCCAAAUCCAGCGGUGAUCUAACCAUGUACAAUUCGGCGACACGUUUAACCGAAACGCGUACGGAUUAUAAUCUGGAGGGACGAUUUCAGGGCAAUGCAUCCGGUUCGCAAUUUCCGCGUCAUUGCUUCUUUCGACAGCAGCCAAAUGCCGCUGAGCCCAAUGGCAACGAUGACGGCGACGACGACGACGAACAGUUGGAUGACGAUGAGGAUGAGGAGGAGCGUCAGCUGAAUUCGCAUUGCUCCUCGGAGCAUUCGUCAUCCACGAUAGACACCUCAGCGUCGGUCACACAGACGACGCGUCCCAAUUGCUCCACGUCGCGUAAAAGUUCCGUAACAUUUCAAAUGAGCUCGCCAACAGCUGCAGCAGUAGCAGCACCAGCCUAUGUAACAGCUGGCAAUGAGGCAUUAGGUCCGCAUCAAGUGUCGAUUGCAUCGAUUAGUUUUGGCACCAACUACAGUUCCAGCGAUGGCGAUGGUGAGGCUGAUGCUGAUGAUGCUGGAGAUGAUUAUGAGAACGACGACAACGAUGGUGAGUGGCUACGCAUCGAUAACGAUAACGAGAACAACGACAACGAUAACGAUAACAUACAUGAGAACUGCAUAUUGCACACACGUCGCAUGCUCGAUGUCCAACCGCAUCCGGAUGUCAUCAAAAUGAACAAGGAUCUGCAGGCCAAACAGCAGCGACAACACUCCAAGCAUACCAAAAAGAACAGAAAACACUUGCGUUACAUGAUUAAAUCGAAAUCGCCAGAUUACAAAUCGACACUAAAAAUCGACGAAAGAGAGAUCGACAAUAAAACAACUAAAAAAAAUAUAUAUAAAAAAAAAAAUUUACAAAUUUUAAUUUUUGCUGUAAGUGCUGAAGCCUGGCAUAUUUAUGGCUCUAUUCGAAACCCUAAACGCGGUGUUGGUGGAUCUUUGCUUGCGGUGUUCUCUGUCCAACCCCACCCCUGCUGCCCCUUCCCUCCACACCCCCCACCCAUUGUCCACUUAGCGAAACGUUUCUCAAAACCUGUUUUGUCAACUGUUCACGCUUGCAACACCGGAAACUGGAACGCCACCCGCCGCACAGGCUAUCAGGGCAACAGCAGCAAGGAUGAGUGGCGGCCAGGACCAGCCAAUAUGCCCAUAAUGUCGCCAUCGCCAUAUCUGCUCAGUCGCUUCACCAGCAACGUGCCACUGCCGACACUCUACGCCGGCGAUGCAGCCCGCAAGCCGAAGCUAUCCGUGAUCGAGUUGCUGCUCUACAACAUGGCGUCGCUGCUGGCGGGCGUUGCGGCUGGCUACGAUGUACGCAUGUCGAAUGUGUCGCCAGUGCAUCCCACGCUGCUCAGUGAGCUGCCCGCCUUGAAGGCGGCGCCGAAGGCAAUCAUUGAGGAGCAGCAACAGCAGCAGGAUCAACAGGAUCACACUGGACAGCAACUGGAGGCGACACGGACGCAUAAUGCGGCCAAUGCAUGCUUUUCACCGCUGGACAUAACGAUGGGCACGUCCAAGCCGCAGUCUGUGGCACAGAGACGCGUGGGCGGCAGUCAAACCUACUACACACCCGUGCAGCGCACGCCACAACAUCAGAUGCAUCAUCAACAGCAGCAGCAGCAGCAGUCGCAGCAGCAGUCGCAGCAGCAGCAGCAGCAGCAAUUGAAGCAAACAUCAACACAGCCACAUUCCGUGCCACAUUCGGUGCUGUAUGCCGGCUCUUCUCAGCCGGCGACGCCAUCAUCGCGUCGCAAAUUGAGCAGCAGCAGCUGCACCAAUGCCAACGAUGGCUUUGAGGAGUUCCGUGUGGGUGGCGGCAUCGGACCACCGCCACUCUAUGCACCCGCCGACUAUCUGCGCAAUGGUCCCAGCUAUUCCAACGAUGGCGGCGGCGCCUAUCGCAAUGGCUACUUUGGCUCCAAUUACUUUCCAUAUCGGCCGGAAUUGAAUUUUGGCUAUGAGCGCGAUUGCAAAUCGUAUCCGGAUUAUUCGUACGACUACAAUCAUCGCCUGCCCGACUACUAUCAGUAUCCGGACUAUCCGUAUGAGGUGCCGGUGGCAAUGGCCGUGGUGGCAGUGCCACCGGCGGCAAUGCAACAAUCGCUGCAGACGCGAACACCGCCGCCGCGUGUACCACAAAUGGGGGUCAGUGCUGGCGGCCAUCGACGCACACCAUCCACCGUGUCGAACAAUUCGAACGUGUUGCUGGAGGAGCACGAGGAGCUGCUCUACGAUUACAACAAUCUCAAUCUGAAUGUUAAUCUCAAUGUUGUCGACUAUGAAUGCGAGCCAUCGUCGCCAGCAGCGGCACAAAUGCAAUUGCAAUUGCAAAUGGCACCGCAGCCGCCGCCGCCGCCAAGCAAACAGGAGCUUUACGCCGGCUCGCCAAAGCUGAUCAAUCGUAUGCUGCACAGUCCGCUGACCAAUACCAAAUAUGCCGCUGCCACCGCCGCCGCCGUCACACUCACACGACCCGCCACUUUGCCCUUUGAGCAGCAUGCUCUUAACUAUCAACUGCCCCAACAGCAGCAGCAGCAGCAGCAACAGCAGCAGCAGCUACCCAUGGUCAGCGGCAGCAAGUUGCGCAGUUCGCUGAAGAAGAAGAAGUAUAAUAGUGGCACACACAACGGCAGCAUAUCAUCGCAGCAGGGCACACCGACAAAUGCAACGCCGCCAGAUUCGCUGACCAGCGAUGAUAGCUCCUAUUUGAGUGCCAAGGAGGGUUCGAUUGGAUCGCAGCAUAGUCGCGUCCGAUUCAGUCCCGAGGCAUAUUUGGAUGCCAACACAACGUUGCCCGGCAUUGGAGGCAUUCUGGGCAGACGCCUGCCAUCGCCAACAACGGGACAGGUGCAGGUGGCAACACAGCAACAGCAACAGCAGCAGCAGCAACAGCAGCAGCAGCAGCAACAGCAGCAGCAUCAACGACGACAUUGCCACACAUCCAGCGCUAGCACACCAUCGCCAUCGGCAUCGUCAUCCUCCUAGCAGGCACGGCUGGCGCUGACGCUACAGUUGGCGCGUAGUCCGGGCGCGGAUAUCGGUGGCGCCACCCACUCCAAUCUGGCAUUGGGUGUUGCGCUGCAUCAGCAGCGUGUGCCGUAUCGUUGGUAUUCCGGUGCGAGACGUUCACGUUCCGCUCACUAUGAAUACCGCCUCUGAGAGAGACAGCAAUAGCGAGACAACCAAUACGAGUGGGAUGGCAACAGUUUUCUUUUGUUUUUUUUUUUAUAAUAAGUACAUUGAUACCUCAAGCAUGCGUACAUUGAAAAAGGGAGAGCGACAGAGACAGAGAGCGAGAGAGAGCGAGAGAGAGAGAGAGAGAGAGCAGUUGUGAGCAAAACGAGUGCAUUAGAAAUACACACGAAAAAACACACUCUACAAUUAAGCCAACUAAGAAUUAUAUUCAGAGUGCUGACCUUGAGAUACCCUUGCAGAAAGCAGGUACAUACAUACAUACAUACAUACAUACAUAGAUAUUGAUACUACAGUCAAACCUGCCCUUAUUGAAUUUCUAUACAAACAUGUUCUGCUCAAUAUGAAUUCAUUUCCCUUCUUUGUCCACUUGAAUUUCUAUUAUUAUUUUGAGGCUGAGCUUCAAAUAUUACAGUUGUGAAGAGUUCCGAUUUUAGCGACAUAUUCACAUGAUUUAUA